AUGGAUUGCGAAAGCAGAUCUGCCGUACUCACUUCACCUACGGUAUAUGCUGAUAUUGGCGGCAGUUUGGUGAAGGUUGCACUGGUUACUCUGGUGCCCCAAGCGGAAGUCCCUCAGAAGACUCCAGUUCCGCCUCACAAAGUCUGCUCCAACGGAAGCUUUGACCGGUGCUUUUGCCCUCACCUCACUAUAGACUCUCCGCUUCUCGGCGGAUCCAUAUUCUUCUAUGUGUUUCCGACAACCCACAACCUGGAACUCUUUUUGAGCUUUCUGUCGGAUGUGUGCUCUAGAAAGUCGUUGAAAGGAAGCUGCCUUCACUUUACUGGAGGCGGGGCUCUGAAGUAUGUCGACCUCAUCAAGACAGCGACGCUUGCUGACCGAGUGCAGUAUCAUGAUGAACUACAGACAAUUGUGGGUGGUCUAAAGCUUUUGUCGAAGCUUGGCUUAGAGGGCGAACUGCAGGAACUCACACCACAUGGUUUAGAGUCGUUUAACGGUGUUCUCGAUCAUUUUCUUCUGGUGCAGAUAGGGUCUGGGAUAUCCAUUGUGGAGGUUACAGGAAAUAAAACGACCAGGAUUGAUGGAAGCGCACUAGGUGGUGCCACAUUCAUGGGACUUAGUUCCUGCAUAUGUGGAGUCAAUCAAGAGUUCAAGGACUUACUUGGAGCAGCACGAAAGGGGGCUGCUAACUCUGCAGACCUUUUGGUUGGAGACAUUUGUAACUCCGAAACGUAUUUAAAUAUGCUUGAUCCAGACGUUCUAGCUGCAUGUGGAGGGAAAAUGCGAGACGGUGACAUCGAUACUAAUUCUAAACUAGCAUCUGUUCUACGAAUGCUUGUGAUAAACGCUAUACACAUAUCUGUCUUGAAUGCCCGCCUGACCAAUUCAACAAUCAUACUAUUGUCUGGAGGUUUUAUGGACUCCAUAGAAGCAACCACAGAGUACUAUGCAGAGGCUCUGUCUUGGUAUGGCCAAGAGCGUUUAAAAGGACUCGUUGUAAGACAUCACGGUUUCUUGGGUGUUCUAGGCAUAAUAACGGCUCUCAAAGGAUGGUCUAGUGCAAAUCUUCAGUUCAAGUAA